GGGGUGUAAUGGGGGCUGGUGAGCUGAAAGACUCGGAGAUGAUAAGUUCUGAGGUGGUUUGAGAAGAAAGGCCGGGGCCAGGGAAAGGGAGUUUUGGGGAGGUCCAGAGGUGGUGGAGGAGAUCUGAAAGGCGAUCCAGGGUAGAGCACUGGCUGGAUUGGAGGCUCAGUAAGCAAUGAGCAGAUAGAGCCGGCAUCUGAAGCUGGUACAGAAAGAAGCAGGACCCAGCUGGGGGGGUAUAUCAGCCUAGAGGUUAAUAUAAGCUUAGGAUAGCCUGAGGAGGAGAAGGCUCAGAAAGAGGACCCCACAGACAGGCCCUAGGCCAAGUCAGUGCAGUGACCCCCAUGGGGGAAGCCCCUUCCUGGGGCCACCGGAGCCAUGCUGUCCCGAAAGGGCAUUAUCCCUGAGGAAUAUGUGCUGACCCGGCUGGCAGAGGACCCUACAGAGCCCAGGUACCGUACACGGGAGAGGAGGGCUCGCUUCGUGUCCAAGAAAGGCAACUGCAACGUCGCCCACAAGAACAUUCGAGAGCAGGGCCGCUUCCUGCAGGAUGUGUUCACCACGCUGGUGGACCUCAAAUGGCCCCACACGCUGCUCAUUUUCACCAUGUCCUUCCUGUGCAGUUGGCUGCUCUUCGCCAUGGUCUGGUGGCUCAUCGCCUUUGCCCACGGUGACCUGGCCCCCGGAGAGGGCAGCACCGUGCCCUGCGUCACAAGCAUCCACUCCUUCUCAUCUGCCUUCCUCUUCUCCAUUGAGGUCCAGGUGACCAUCGGUUUCGGCGGGCGCAUGGUGACAGAGGAGUGUCCCCUGGCCAUCCUUAUUCUCAUCGUGCAGAAUAUCGUAGGGCUGAUGAUCAACGCCAUCAUGCUGGGCUGCAUCUUCAUGAAGACGGCCCAGGCGCACCGGCGAGCGGAGACCCUCAUCUUCAGCAAGCAUGCGGUGAUCACCCUGCGCCACGGCCGCCUCUGCUUCAUGCUUCGCGUGGGGGACCUCCGAAAGAGCAUGAUCAUCAGCGCCACCAUCCACAUGCAGGUGGUACGCAAGACCACCAGCCCCGAGGGCGAAGUGGUGCCUCUCCACCAGGUGGACAUCCCCAUGGAGAACGGCGUGGGCGGUAACAGCAUCUUCCUGGUGGCCCCGCUCAUCAUCUACCACGUCAUCGACUCCAACAGCCCGCUCUACGACCUGGCUCCUGGCGACCUGCACCAUCACCAGGACUUGGAGAUCAUUGUCAUCCUGGAAGGCGUGGUAGAGACCACAGGCAUCACCACCCAGGCCCGCACCUCCUACCUAGCUGACGAGAUCCUCUGGGGGCAGCGUUUUGUGCCCAUUGUGGCCGAGGAGGACGGCCGCUAUUCUGUGGACUACUCCAAAUUUGGUAACACCGUCAAGGUGCCCACCCCACUCUGCACGGCCCGCCAGCUUGAUGAGGACCGCAGCCUCCUGGAGGCCCUGACCCUCGCCUCUGCGCGGGGGCCUCUGCGCAAGCGCAGUGUGGCUGUGGCGAAGGCCAAGCCCAAGUUUAGCAUCUCUCCGGAGUCCCUGUCCUGAGCUGCAGCCUUCUGGCCCACACUCGCUUAUGUGGGCACUUGGAAAGUCAAGUGUGGUACGUAGGGUGGAUGGUGUGCGAGCCCCUCGGCCAGAUGAGGGUCCGGUGUGAGACCAGACCCUCCUCGGUUCAGCCUCCCUGCUGCUGUGUGCCCGGGGUGUUACAAGGCACUUGUCACUAUGCUAUUUCUGGCCCCAGCAGGAGCUUGUACCGGGUUUAUUUUUGUUUCCUGCUCCUCCCUGGCCGAGCUCAGGACUGGCUUACCCCUGUGUCUUUGCCCAACACUGGGGAGGUUGUAGAAGGUUUCAGGGUUCCUCAAGCUGAGGUCUUAAAGCCAGUCUUGGCCCUCCAUGAUUUACCCUGCCACACGCAGACAGGUAAUGGGGGG